AUGAGUACUACACAAACUCUGAGGCGAAACCUGCCGAAUCCUACAAGAAUUCACGAUUAUCUUUAUGAUAAAGAUUAUAUUGUGUCUUCUGAGAGAGAUCAUGGCAGACUUCACUACCAGGCACAGACAAGCACAAGUCAUCUUCAAGCAGUACCAGUGUAUGAGAGUAUGUUUUCUGAACUCCGCCAUCAUCCGAGGCUUCAGUUCAGGCUAAAUACCAAUGAUCCUGUUCCGAAAUUCAUCAGCAGAGAAUGGAGAGGUUACGCUGAGCAGCACAGAGAGGCCUUAAUGAGAUAUAAAACGUUUAACUACGAUCCUUGCCAGGUGCCUUCAUGUAACCUAACAGAAUUCAACAGUGCUGAUGUGACUGGUCGAAACCUGUAUCGGUAUUUCAGAAAACCAAUUAUCCCAUUCCUGCAGCAAGUUCCACCAGAGGUCAUAUUUGCAGCAUCAAGGCAAGACCCACUUGCUGCCCCAGAGAAUGUUUACGCAGAGCGAGCAGCAACCCCAGCCUGCAGAACAGUUGAGACCCAAACUGAUUACCGAGAUGCGGAGGUCCAGACAGAUCCCUACACACCUGAAUAUGUUGUACGUCCUGGAGAGGCACCAGAACUUCUCACACUGGCAACAUUGUCAUUUGGUCGUGGGUUGCCAGCAGGACUGGCGGAGGUGGAGAUGAUUGAGCGUGCUCGAGCCAAGCGGGCGUGGGAAGCCAACCUGCCUCCUUUGAGUGACAUAUCACAGCUCGAGAAGAGGCGGAAGAUGAUGGAUGAGAUGGAGCGAAUGGAGUGGGCUCUAAGAGAGCAAGAAAUUGAAAAACUGCAAGAAGCUCGGCUGGAAGUUCUUCAGAAGCUGCUGAAACAGAGGGAAGAGAAUCACCAGGAGCUGAACAUCAAAAGACUUGACAAGCUCUGGGCAGUCAAACAGAAAGAUAAAGAGGCCAGGAGCAAGAAGAUCAGGAGUGAAUAUAUUAAAGCAAUUCGUAAGCUGACAAACAAGCGAGCCCGUGUGUUGAACAGUUUCAGACGAAGAAAUAUUAUUAAAGAUUAUACAGAUCCGGGAUCUGAAACCUAUGCUCCCCUGACGAGAAUCGGUGUGUUUCUUGACCGUGGAUCUGAGCAGUACGUGGUGAAGUCAAGGCAUUUGUCGACAUAUCAGGGAUUACUAGAAUUGGAGGCAUCAUUGCCCAGUUUUGUUCUGAACCCCAGAAUUAAAGCUCCUUAUUCAAAUACUACAACAAAAACUGGAUAUAUCAAGAAGAAAUUCAGGAAAGAUCACGAACUAUCAGAAGUUUAUGAGAUCAUGAGGAACAGUCGUCUUGAAUCUGAGGCGAUCCAAGGGGACAAGAAACUGUCAGAUGCUAUGAAAGGACUGCGCUUCUUGCAAAGAAUAGAGCGGCCAAUCCCUCGCCCACCAACACCCGAGGUGGAGAUCUUGGAAGAUUACCCCAACAGAAUUUUAGAACUGGAGGCGGAGGAAAACAAACAUUUGGCCGUAAUUUUUUUGCAGCAGGUGAUACGUGGCCGUGCUAUUCAGAAUAAUAUGUUUGAAGGAAAGGAGAAGAGACGGGAGCUGAUAGCUGAAAUCAAGUCCACCCAUGCCCUUCAAGAGAGAGAACAAGCCAUGAAGGAGCACGAACGGCUUGUGACGCUUGCUCUACAAAAACAGAGGACAAUCCAUGCACAUAAGGAAUCUCUUGUUGAUGAGUCCCUGGCUGAACUUGAAAGCAAAAGUCUGGGUGAGAUGUUUGACUUUCUUUCAAAAGAGCUGAUUCGACUUCAAGAGGAACGGAGGAUUCAUGCCUUCACCAUGCUGGCUGAGAGACACAGAAGAAUUAGAGAAGCUGAAGAAAGUGGUAGAAGGCAGUGGGAGAUUCGGAGACGGCGAGAGGAGGAUGAGAUAUUUAAGCAGGUUGUCAAGACCCAUCAGAUGACUGUCGAUACAUAUCUUGAAAGCAUCAUUGCUGGCUCCAUUGACAAUACUGCUGAUGAGCAAGCCAGGAAAGAAAUUGAAGCCCAAGCAGAAGUCAUCAACGAUUUGGCUUAUGAAGUGGAGGAAAAACGUGACAAACUUGAAUCAGAGGAAAUUGUUGCGGAUCUGGUUCAUUGUUUCCUGAUCCCUGAAGCUAAGAAAGCCACAGUCAGAGAGAAGGUUCGUCGAAACCAACGUAGAUUUCUGCUAGCAGCUCAUAGAGAAAUCCACAAUGAAGGCUCGGAGAUUAUUGCCACCAACAACAAACUGAAAAUGUCAGGAAUUGAAACUGGGGCAGAGGAAGCUACAACCAGAGCCAUUUCCAUGAUAGUGGCCGAUUCUAUUUUUGAAGAUGAACAGCUUGAAACUAUUGAAGAACAAAAUAUUUGA